AUGGUGUUUAUUCUUCAAAAUAUGUUUUUGAUCACUGUUCCAGUGUCGACUUUAUUAACAACUGUUGCAAUGCUAUUACCUUAUUGGUGGUCAUCAGAGACACUACAAGUUGGUCUAUGGAGAGCUCGAUCAACUUCCUCGUCAUGGUUACUUGUUGAACCACAGCUUGAAACGGCGGAAGGGCGCGUUUUAUUUCUUCUACAAAUUCUCUCGUUGGCAUCCGUUUUACUAGCCGAUAUCAGCGGUAUCAUAUGGUUUGUCAUUCUCGUUCGUCGUUAUUCAUCAUCAUUAUCCUUCGCAUCAAUUUUAUCACUUCUUAUAUUUACAAUUCUUACUUAUUUAUCUUUAUCGGUCAUGAUCUAUUUCGUUUGGAUAACUACGAAAGAAUACAUUCAUUUAAUACAAAUCUCAUAUUCAUUCUAUCUGGUCUUAAUCAUCGUUGUAUUACAUUCAUUAACGCUAAUUAGUCUGAUUAUUAACCUAUUGAGAUACCGAACGAUGUAUCACUCAAUUCAACCAACGCUGCUAGAGAAGAAACUUGCUUUUGCUUUUAAUGAACCUAUUGUAUAG